AGGGCGGGCAGGCGCGCGGCGGCGGCGCGGCUCCCGCCAACAUGACAACCCUGGUGCUGGACAACGGAGCCUACAACGCCAAGAUCGGCUACAGCCAUGAGAACGUCUCGGUUAUUCCUAACUGUCAGUUUAGGUCAAAAACGGCACGUCUUAAAACUUUCACUGCUAACCAGAUAGAUGAAAUAAAAGACCCAUCUGGACUUUUUUACAUCCUUCCUUUUCAGAAGGGCUACUUGGUGAAUUGGGAUGUUCAAAGACAAGUUUGGGAUUAUCUCUUUGGAAAAGAAAUGUAUCAGGUUGAUUUUUUAGAUACUAACAUUAUUAUCACAGAACCGUAUUUUAACUUUACUUCAAUUCAAGAAUCAAUGAAUGAAAUACUAUUUGAAGAAUACCAGUUUCAAGCAGUAUUACGAGUAAAUGCUGGGGCUCUCAGUGCACAUAGGUAUUUCCGAGAUAAUCCUUCCGAAUUAUGCUGCAUCAUUGUAGAUAGUGGAUAUUCCUUUACACAUAUAGUUCCUUAUUGUAGAAGUAAAAAGAAAAAGGAAGCAAUUAUUCGGAUAAAUGUGGGAGGAAAACUCUUAACCAAUCAUCUAAAGGAGAUCAUAUCAUAUAGGCAGCUACAUGUUAUGGAUGAAACACAUGUGAUUAAUCAGGUGAAAGAAGAUGUAUGCUAUGUGUCUCAGGAUUUUUAUAGAGACAUGGAUAUUGCAAAGUUGAAAGGAGAAGAAAACACAGUCAUGAUAGACUAUGUUUUACCUGACUUCAGUACAAUUAAAAAGGGCUUUUGUAAGCCAAGAGAGGAGAUGGUGUUAAGUGGAAAAUAUAAAUCUGGGGAACAAAUUCUUCGUCUGGCCAAUGAGAGAUUUGCUGUUCCAGAAAUACUUUUUAAUCCUUCUGAUAUAGGCAUUCAAGAAAUGGGAAUUCCAGAAGCUAUUGUCUAUUCAAUUCAGAAUUUACCUGAAGAAAUGCAGCCACAUUUUUUUAAGAACAUUGUCUUGACAGGAGGAAAUUCCCUUUUCCCAGGAUUUAGGGAUCGGGUUUACUCAGAAGUUCGAUGUCUCACUCCAACAGAUUAUGAGGUUUCUGUUGUGCUGCCUGAAAACCCUAUUACUUAUGCUUGGGAAGGUGGAAAAUUGAUAUCAGAGAAUGACGAUUUUGAAGAUAUGGUGGUAACAAGAGAAGAUUAUGAAGAAAAUGGACAUAGCGUCUGUGAAGAGAAAUUUGAUAUUUAAGGAACAUUUCUGAAUGAAAGUUUUGACUAGUUGUGACUUUAAGAUUUAAGUAUGGUGUUCUUAUCAAAGGAGAUUAAGGACCUGGGUUACCUCUCAUCUUAAGAUAAAUAUUUGAAUUUAUGUAAAUACUUUGAUCCAUGGCUAAUUUUCAAAGGCUUCUCAGCCUUUAACUGUAACUCAGUCCAUUGUUUUCAUUUCGGAGCUAGACUACUGUACAGAGCUGCUGUUUCUCAGAGUUAAUGUUUCAUUCUAAGAUGAGUGAAUGCAUUUUCCAUUUAAUUCUUCAUAGCUGAAAACACAAAUAACUAUUAUUGGCCAGUUGUACUUAGUAGUUUUGUGUGACUAUGACUAGGAGUUGACUGCAGUGUUUUUAGUCUGAUAGAUUUUUCUCUCUUGUAGAAGUGUUUUUUUUUUAAUGUCAUUUUUAUUUAUAUGUACUAAAGUUGAGCAGACUAGCCUUGUGUAUAUUUAAUAUUCUUUUUUACUUAAGUUUGAAAAGGUGGAGACUAAAUUUAUUGAAGUGUUUUUGUGUUGGCAGAGAUGUGUCCCUUCACUCAAAAAAAAAGUGUAAUGUAUGCUUGUUAAAAUGUGCAUACUUGGGACUAUAUAAGUUUUUAAACCAAAAUACUAACAUUUGUAGCAUGAGUUUUUUUUUUUUUAAUAAGCCUGUGUUUACUAUAAACUUUUUUUUAAUCCUAAAAAAUUGUACACCAUUUUUUUGAUUUGUUAUACUCUACUGAGAAUGUGUAUUUACAUACUUACUAUACUUGCUAUCCUUACUAUAGCAAGCUAAUUAUGCAGGGUGGGCUCAAAAUGCUUUAUUUUUGACACAAAAAUUCAUUUAUGAAUUAAUGACUAUAGACCCUAAUUUUUUAUCUCAAGCAUCAAAGCUCUCAUCCAUUUCAAUAUCCACCUAACUUUUGAAAGCUUUUUGCUACAGAUGUUUUAAUAUUAUGUGGUGAGUUGAUUUCAAAGAACAUUUGACAUUAGCUCUAAAUAAAAUUAUUGAGGUGGUAUAUUAACUCAUUACUUUGGGACAAUAUUGAUGAUGAUAAUUUGAGAUUCACCAGAAUUUGAGAGAGAACUUAGAUGCAUCAGAAUUUAUACUUUGUCAUUGCAAAUUGCAUGCAUGAAAUAACAUGUUUUAGUUGCCAACUGGGGAAGGGCAUUGAUGAAUCUAAAACAGUAGGUAGAAGUUAGGUGUGGAAGGUGAGAAAACUUUUAUUUUUUAAAGUACUAAGUUCUGGGCCUCCCUGGUGGUGCAAGUGGUUAAGAUGCAACCUGUGAAGCUGUCCGCAGCCUCUGCAGCACGAAUUCGAUCCCCAGCCAGCCAGGGAGCAACCCAGAUGGCACAGCAAACCUCUCUUGACUUGCCCACUGCUCCCCUCCCCAGUGUAUUUCAGUUGCUCUACCUGUUCUGUUCCCCACUCUGUCUCUGGUGAAUCCUCUCACCCGCCUCUGGCCUGUACCCCAGCUCUUGUAUGCAUAAAUAAAUAAAUCUUUAAAAAAAAAAAAAAGUACUAAGUUCUGGUGUCACUUCACAGGCAAUGUUGCCCUUUCAUGUUGUCUUUACAUUCUACAAUCAAGAAUCACUGACACAUGUCCUCAAGGGGCUGUGGUCACCCUUUGGUGGCAAAGUGGCAGAAUAUCCUCCCAAAGGGACCCAAGAAGUGCUACUAUGCCCUGUGUGUGCAUGUAUGUGUGCUCACACUUAGUUCUAUCAGUAUCUUGGUUUUAAGUUUUCAGAUUUGCCCGAGAUUGCUUUGUAUAGCAAAAGAAUCCAGUUCAUCUACUUUCCACCUCUCUUUAUCCCUUAAACACUUCCAGUGGAGAGGAGGGAGGUAGAUGAGAUCAAGGAGGAAUGCACAGGGAGCACUUCAAUGACAUAUUUGCAACAUUUCUCAAGCUGAGGGGUGGAUAUGUGGGUGUUCUUAUAUCAGAAUCUAUAUAUUAUGUGUAUGAAACAGCUCAUACUAUAUUUUGAUGGAUUAAAUCCUUCAGUGAAUCUAGCAAACAAAAAGGAUACCACUGACAAGUAAAUGUGGAGGAAUUUAUAAAAGAUGGAAAACAGCCUCCCCGGUGGCGCAGCAGUUGAACGCUGGUUUGCGAAGCUGCCUGCAGCCUCUACAGCACCGGUUCAAUCCCCGGUUCGAUCCCCGGCGGCUAAGCGAGGGUCCCACAUGGUGCGCAGACCUCUCCUGCCACCUGUUGC